UUUAACAUCCAUAUUAUAAAGAGGCUUUACUCAUUCUCUCUCUCUCUCUCUCCCUUUUCAUACAAUUAAUUUUUCUAUCGUAUCACAGGAGAGAAGGCAUUCAUUCAUUCUACCAACAAAAAAAUAGGGCGAUAGUUUGAAGAUUGAGAUUUGAAGCAUAGAAGGAAGAUGGAUUUUGCUUAUGGACCUGGAAGAAAUCAUCUCUUUGUUCCUGGGCCUACCAACAUCCCUGAACAUGUUAUUCGUGCGAUGAAUAGAAACAACGAGAACCAUCGUACUCCGGCAAUAACAACAUUGACAAAAACUUUACUUGAUGAUGUCAAGAAAAUUUUCAAGACUACUUCUGGAAUUCCAUUUCUCAUCCCCACAACUGGUACCGGUGCAUGGGAGAGUGCAUUGACAAAUACAUUGUCUCCUGGGGAUCGUACCGUAUCUUUUCUAAUUGGCCAAUUCAGCUUGCUUUGGAUUGAACAACAAAAACGGCUCAACUUUAAAGUUGAUGUUGUAGAAAGUGAAUGGGGACAGGGUGCCGAUCUUGAUGCACUAGAAUCAAAACUUGCUUCGGAUAAAACACAUACCAUAAAGGCAAUUUGUAUUGUUCACAAUGAGACAACAACAGGGGUCACAAAUGACUUGACUAAAGUGAGAAAAAUCCUUGACAAGUACCAGCACCCAGCACUCAUUAUUGUUGAUGCGGUGUCUUCAAUCGGCGCUCUUGAUUUCCGCAUGGAUGAAUGGGGUGUAGAUGUGGUAGUGACGAGUUCUCAGAAAGCUCUUUCUCUUCCUACAGGAAUGGGAAUUGUAUGUGCAGGUCCUAAAGCCAUUGAGGCUACAAAAUCUGCUACAUCAGUUAGAUCUUUCUUUGAUUGGAAUGGUUACUUGAAAUGCUACAACUUGGGAACUUAUUGGCCAUACACUCCUUCCAUUCAGUUGCUCUAUGGUCUAAGGGCAGCCCUUGACUUGGUUUUUGAGGAAGGAUUUGAAAAUGUGAUUUUAAGGCACAAGCGUUUAGCCAAAGCAACCAGGCUUGCAGUAGAGGCAUGGGGAUUGAAGAACUGUUGCCAAAAGGAGGAGUGGUAUAGUGCAAGUGUGACUGCUAUUGUUGUUCCUCCUAACAUUGACAGUGGUGAAAUAGUUAGUAGGGCAUGGAAGAGAUACAAUUUAAGCUUAGGAGGUGGAUUGAACAAAGUUGCUGGAAAAGUUUUCAGAAUAGGACAUGUUGGCCAUCUAAAUGAGCUGCAACUUUUGGGAUGUCUUGCUGGUGUGGAGAUGACACUCAAAGAUGUGGGUUACCCGGUUAAGCUUGGAAGUGGAGUUGCUGCUGCUAGUGCUUAUUUACUAAACAAUGUUCCUCUAAUCCCUUCAAGAAUUUGAGUCACAUGAAUUAUUCUUGUGAUUAUUUAUUUUCUGUUUUGUCAUGUAUUAAUUCUAUAUCAGUGCAAUGCAUUGGAAAUAAUGUGAUUGGAUAGUACAUGAAUUUUAUUCGUUUUCUUUGGGAAGUUUGUUUAAGUGAUGGUGGAUUUUUAUUA